AAUAAUUCCUGCGGUGUUCUUUUUCUUUCUUUUCGAUGUUUCGAAAUUUUAAGUUGCAAUAACAUUUUUGCUAAUCCUGUUCUUAGAUAUUACAAUCACUAUAUCCUGUGGUUUUGGUGCUACAUUAUGGAAGUUUAAUUGAUUGAAUGUAAAUGAUGAAGGUAAAAGCUUCUAGAAGAGAAUAUAACAUGUGGUUGGCAUUCAAUAAUUUUUUAAAAUAAAAUAAAAUAAAAUUAUAGGCUAAAAAUGAAACAAUUUUAAUGAUAUAGUGAUAGAAAAAAAAAUAAAACAAGGAUAAUUGUAAGGUUAAUAUAAUUAAACAGAAAGUUUUAAUUUAGUAUUAUUUUAUUAUUACAUAAACUUUUUACAGACCCCAUUAAACAAAAAAUGAGACUUAUAUGUUAUUUAGUGCAUUUUACAUUAAUGUUGUCCUAAUAAUUAAGAUUGGACCUAAAGCAAGCCCGCUUUAAACAGUGUAAUUGGGUCGAUUGGACAACCCGUUAUCAUUAACCUUGUACAUUUCCGCAAAAGCCUUUUUCUAUUGCUAGCAAUAAUUUACCUGAACUAAUCAAGAAUCUAUCGUUAAGAUUUUCCCUCUCUUGGAAGCUUUCAUUUGAAGGUCUCUUGUUUAUACUUUAUAGUAAUUUCCAAAUAAUUCGUUACAUUUCGUUUUCCGUUACUGCCAUGCCGUUGGCUUUCCAGAAGAAGAAAGUUCGAUUUCUAACCAUAGUGACUGCCAUCGUUGCUUUUAGCGUCACAGGUACCGAAUUUUUCAUUUCCUAUUCUAUGUAUUCUGUUUAUGUGACUAAAAUUGAUUUUCCUUUUCUUCUUUUUCUGAAGCAUUUGACAUUGAUGUUAUCUAAUUAUAGACAUCAAUGAGAUUAAAAAAUGUCACAGACAUCAAUGAGAUUCAAAAAUGUAUCAGACAUCAAUGAUCAUUGCAUGUCUACUUUGUUCGAUUGUGUAGAGAAUAAAGCUAAACAAUGCAGACAACUUGUUGGUGAGAAUGCAUCAUCCCAUAGUGGGAAGUUUACAAUCUUAAAUUGCUUUGACAUGACUUCUGGAACGUUAGCAUGUACAGUGAAGGAAGGUGCAAAGCUCUACUUUUACAAUAUCAGAGCGGCUCGUGUUGAAAAAGCAAAGCAAGGUGCAAUUCAAUCUGCACUUGCUGAUGUUGUGAAGAAGGGAUUGUCACAAAGUGCUUCUGUGAAAUAUGCCAAGAAAGAAGGUGAAAAGGCAGCAAAAUUGGCUUCUCGUAACGCCAAACACAGAUUGGGUCCUAUCAUCUCUUCAGGAUGGGAUUUUUUUGAAUCUGUGUACUAUGGUGGUACUUUGAUGGAGGGUUUCUUUAGGGGAAGUGGCACUUUGUUUGGUACUUAUGCUGGAGGCUUCCUUGGGGAGCAAAAGCUUGGGAGACUUGGUUACCUUGUCGGAAGUCACACCGGUAGUUGGUUUGGAGGUAAAGUAGGGCUAAUGCUAUAUGAUGUCGUUAAUGGACUCCAUUUCUUGUUGCAUUCUCUUCGACUCUAGAAAGAAAAGUUUAAGUGUCUUCACCUAACUAACCAACAACAACAUUAAUUAUGAACAAACAAUAUUUUCUUUUUACGUCAAACUUAUUCGGUUUAUGUUUUUAGAUGGAAAGCUUACAAUGUUUGA